CUGGCAGCGGGGUCGUGGGCCUACUAUCACAUUUCUGAGCACAAAAGAAUUAUUUGAUUUAUUUCCUAUACUGGGUAAAUACAGUCCAACCAUGUGAUCCACAGUGUAACCAAUGGGCAGCCGAGAAGAAGGUAAGGGCAGGAAAAAAAAAUUACUACCAUUUUAGGGGAGGAUGUAAGGCACUAUACCAGCCCAUCUAACGUUUUACAGUCGCACUUAAGUGUCUUUUUAUUGAAAUAAUAAAAUAAACAUGUCGCUAACGAAUUAUUAUUCCAUGAUGGGGCUCCAGACCGAGGAGCCGUACGGUGCACAUUUCAUCCCGGGAGGCUUGCAGGGUUCGACGGCCGGCUGCGCAAAGACAGCCCGGGGAGCGGAGGAAGAGGAGGGGACCCCCGGCUCACACAUUCCGGAUUUUUCACAUUUUUCCAACAAACAAACGAGCUUAAACGGCUUUUCUCCUUGGACAAACACCUCUACUUCCUCUUCAUCCUCUUCUCCGCAGCUGCAGUCCACCCCCGGCGCCUCCAUCCCCGGCCUUUUUCAUCCACAUCACCUCCUGAGCCACCACCACCACCACCCAUACUACGGCCCGCAGGCGCAGACCCACGCCGAACACCUCGCAUCCGCGGCCGCUUCCGAGAGCAGAUUCGUCCGCUGCUGGGAGGGUGCGACCCCCACCUCGGAGACCUCUCUGUCACAUGCGUCGGCCAGUUUUCCCGGGUGUCUCCCCGCUCAGGGUGACCUCUCCAAUCCGAGCCCGAGGUAUGAGGCGGUUAAACCUGAGAAUUCACCGCCGCCACAAGAUAGCCCCGCGGAUUCCAGCUUCGCCAGCCCGACUGAAGUGGUCCUAGAGCGGCUUGGGACCGUGGAGGAGCUGCGGAGAAAGCCGGAGCCCAAAAAAGAGGACGAGGAGAGGAAAACACGGCCACAGCUUGACCCGGAAAAUCCAUCAGCUAGUUGGAUCCAUGCCAAGUCCACCCGGAAGAAAAGGUGUCCGUACACCAAACAUCAGACCCUGGAGCUGGAGAAGGAGUUUCUCUACAACAUGUACCUGACCAGGGACCGGCGCCUGGAGGUGGCAGGACUCUUAAAUUUGACAGAGAGACAGGUCAAAAUCUGGUUCCAGAACAGACGGAUGAAGAUGAAGAAGCUGAUGACCCGGGACAGGAGGAGUAUGAAUGAAUGA